CCGCGGCUGGAAUACAAGAUGGCAGCCCCGGCGGGGAGGGAAAGGCGGAGGCGGUAUAGCAGCGAGCGGACAGGAGUCAGUGACUGGAGCUCGCCUCGGCCCCAGGUGAGGCUCCCGGCGGCGCAACCCCACGCUCCGACACGCGCACCGUCCGGCGUCGCAAACCGCCGUGCACCCGCUGGGGGCCCAGGGCGCCCGCCGCGCGCCCUCACCGCCCCGCAAAACCGCCGCAAAGCCCGAGGGCGCCAGCGCAGCUCCCCGGCGCCAUCUUGGAGCCACCCGCAGGGGGGAGCGCGCUUUAUAUAGGGCGCGGCCACGACAGGGGGAUGGGAGUACAGUGCGCGUGCACGAGCGCGCCAAAAAAUUGUGAGGGGGUGGGGGGGAGAGAAAAAAACCCAAAAAACAAACCAAAGCGAAUAAAUGUCUUAUAUUAUAAUAUAAUAAAUACAAAUUACACCGCGAAGGGCGCUCUGUGUAGGUUUAAUGUAACUGUGGCUUUAGGUUUAUUUGUCUCUCUGUCUGAUCUCUCUAUAAAUGGCUGCAGCUCACUAUAAAAACGUACAUUUUAAUUUUUAAUUAUUAUUAUUUAUUUUAUUUUUUUUGCCUCCCCUGCCCUAGGCCAUUUAGACAUUUUUUUUUUUUUACAAUUUUGAGACUUUUAUACACAUUGAAUAUACAGCCUGUGACCGUGUAAUACGCAGCACAGCGGGCAAUGCCAUAAUAAUCUGUGUUGUUAUUGUUUAUACUUUGUCACUGGCUCUCACAAACACUCCCUCCGCCUGGAAACAUUAAUUUACACCCUCCGUUAUAUUGCACCUUUGUAUAUCUGUAUGGUAAUAAGAUGCCAAUAUAGUGCCCCCCUCCCUUCCCUCCCCUCUCCUCUUAUUAUAUAGAAAUAUGCGUUGUUAUAACAUCUCAACACGUUCCUAUAGAAGUACUACGUGCAUGGAGGCUCGUAAAUAAAUAUGUGCACAGCAAUAUAGUGAUGGAUUUGCAAAUUUAGUUUUUUUAUUAUUAUUAUUAUUCAGUAGUGCAGCCGUACAGUGACAAGGAAGGAUCGAUCGUUAUAUAAUAUAAAAAUGACUUGUAAUGAUAUGAUGGUGUUUACGGUGUAUAAUAAGCCUCUGUGAUGCGAUACAAUUGCAGACGUUGAGGAAAUUAUAGGGGUGUCAGUUGAGGAAAACUGCUAAUUCUCCUCCCUCCCCCCCAAACAUACCCCCCCCCACCCUGCACGAAACUUGCAGAUUUGUCAUUCCUCCUAUGCUAGAGCGAACAGGAAUAUAUAUUGUGUGUAACGUUUCCCCAGCAGUGGUUCGUCCGAAAGCUGAGGGCAAACACACCCCCCCCUUGAAUCUCACAACAGAUGCUUGUGUGAGAUAAUAGAUUAAUACGUCUCAGAACUUUAUGUUCUUAAAAUUGUCGUGAAAGCACCCCCUUUUUUUUUUUUUCUUAAAGGUAAUCAGCUGAAAUAUUUAGGAGUUCUUAUAUACCGCUCCUACCCUUACUAAAUAAUACACAAUUUUUUACAAAUGGGUAUUAACUAGAAAACAUAAGACAUUUUAUGGUAAUCCUUUCAAAGGGGGAGGGGGGGGGUCAUGGGUCAUGUCCAUACAUUGAUUUAUAUUUUAACGUAGUUCUCUAAGUGUGUCAUAUUGAAAUUCAGUUUGUUUAUUUAUAAAAAUAUUUUACCAGGAAGUGUACACUGAGACUACUCUCGUUUUCAAGUAUGUCCUGGAUGGGGUGGUGUGUGUGUGUGUAUAUAUAUAUAUAUAUAUAUAUAUCUUGAAAAAGAUUUGCGUGGUCGAAACAUCAAUCGUCCACAUUUAUGUAAUUUUGACUGUUUGAACGUUAAACCACGAGUACCUUAAAAAGACCUCUAAGUGCACCCUCUUAAUUUUUACUUUAUAUAUUUUUUGUCGGUUGUGCCUAGGCUGCAUUAGGUUGUUUUAUGUUAAUAGAGUGCCAAGUUUGCUAUUGUUAUACACACACACACACACACACACACUUUUUUAUACAUACAAUCACGUUUAAGUAGAAUGUAAUUGUGUGAGUUACAUGUACUGAAUUUCUAUUUGACCAGUAUGUUAAAUACAUUCAGGGAUUACCGACUGAUUGUACAAAAUACAGAUCGUUUUUCUUUUUUAUCCCCAGAGUGUUCUCACAGAGAUGGCCCGUGAUAAUCAUGGAAGUCCUCAGGAGGAGGUAGCCAUGGUCAGCUUGUCUCCAAGCACAUCACAUUCACCUCGACCUCCCCGUCCACCUUCUGAUCUGCCAGGUAAAAGUUUAGUUCGCCUCGCAGUGUAGGAUGUGCUGUGUGGUCUGAUUUAGGUGCUUAUUUAUUUUUCUUUAAAAUCAGAUGAGCUCGUACAGGCUGGAUGGGAGAAGUGUUGGAGUAAAAGGGAAAGCCGUCCUUACUAUUUCAACCGCUUUACAAACCAGUCCCUUUGGGAAAUGCCUGUGCUUGGUCAGCAUGAUGUCAUUGUGAGUACUUCUUACACCAAUCAUUUGGUUAUUUUGGUUAAAAAAGACUUAUUGAACUAAAGAACUGUUAGCCCAGAAUGCUUAACAUGCUUAUCCAGUGUUUAUUUAAAACCUACACUAUAAUCUUUUUUUUUUUAUGAGCAGACUGUCCUAAUCAGAAGCACCCCCCCAAAGCAAAAAGUCCCAUAAACAACAAGUGAAUACCCCCCCUCCCCCAAGUGUAGAACAGUUAAUGUCUCUCAUGUGCUAAAUCUGAUUAACUGCAUUCUUUGCAGUUUCUACUCUUCCUGCAACCAUUUUUUAUUUUUAUGUAUAAUAAAUAACAUCAAAUGCAGUGGAAAGUGCAAAAGCAGGCCAAUAUGCGCACCACUCAAAUAAACGGACACUGUAGGCACCCAGACCACUUCAGCUCUUUGAAGUAGUCUGGGUGCUGUGACCCUUUUGCCCUUAGUGCUACAAUGUUAAACAUUGCAGUUCCAGAGAACUGCAAUGUUUACAUUGCAGCUUUAAGUCUGUCCUCUGUGGCUGUCUAACUAGAGGGAUUCCAGAAUCCAAACGGGCUUUUGGUCCGUUAUCUGAUGCUGGACGUCCUCACGGACCUACAGCGUCAGAUUUUCCCCAUAGGAAAGCAUUUAAUAAUACUUUCCUAUGGGGAGGUCUAAUGUGCGCGGCCAUUGCUGCGCAUGCGCAUUAGGUCUCCCCCGCCGGCUGGGCGGAGCCUGACCCAGUUCCGAGGGACAUAGGUGUUGGAUUCAGAUAAGUGGCUGAAAGGGUUUUAACCCCUUCAGCCCCACAGGAGGGGGGGCACGAAUGAGGGGGAGACGUUAAAAACAUAUAGUACAAAGAAAACGGCUUUGUUUUCCUGGCACUAUAGGAUCCCUUAAGGACCAAACUUCUGGAAUAAAAGGGAAUCAUGACAUUUCAAACAUGUCAUGUGUCCUUAAGGGGUUAAGCUUGGCUAUUAUGGCCUAAACAUUGCCUUUUGCUUGUCAACCAGUGGAACAGUAAAUAAAUACCUAUGUGCACUCACUUUAAAUUGGAUAAUUGCAUUAAGGCAAACCAAAAAAGAAUAACUUUAACUAUAGGGACAGCUCAAUCACAAUAAUCACAUAAUUUCCUUGUGUAGGUUAUGGUGAAAGGAACUCCCUGCAUUCUGUUCCUUACAGCUGCAACUAUGGUAGAACUGUACACUUUGAUCUUCCAUUUAUACUUCCAAGAAUUUUGCUGCCCAUACUCUUUCCCAGAGUCAAUAAGGUAAAGUAGUGAUUUGGACAUCAUGCACCUGCCCUUUGUGUACAUGGUGUACAGAUAUUUGCUAGGAAGAUAAAGAAGUAUAGCUUUAUCCUCUGCAGACAAGCACCGAAGGGGCAGAGUUCAAAGGGACACUAUAGUCACCAAAACAACUUUAGUUCAAUUACGCAGUUUUGGUGUAGAGCUCAUGCCACUUCAGUCUCACUACUCUGUUCUCUGCCAUUUAGGAGUAAAAUAACUUUGCAGCUCUUCACACCUCCCUGCAUGUGACUUAUACAAACUUCAUGUAAAGAGUUACAUACAUGUUUACACUUCCUUUAUUGAACAUUCUGCUUAAUUUACACAGUUUUAUCUCAUGCGUUGUUAAUAACCUGCUAGACCAUGCGGGAGCCUCCUGUAUGUAAUUAAAGAUAAAUAUACAGACCAGGAGAUACAAACCUUUAAAGUAAGUUACAUCUGAGUGAAAGUGAAACCAUUUUUUUCAUGCAGGGUGUGUCAGUCACAGCUAUGUAAGGUGGGGCUAGGGCUACAGAAACAAAAGUGAUUUAACUCCUAACUAUAGUGUCCCUUUAAGUUCCAGUGAUUUUUGAAAAACAACUGUAAUUAUAAGCAACUUAGUGCAGAGAGACAAGGACAAGGUGCAUUCUUGCAACAUAACCUAUACAAAGAACAUAUGGUUUUCUCUUCUGUCAUAAAACUGACAUGCAUAACAGAUAAGUGCACUAUAAUUAAAUGGUCUUUGUAAAAUAAAAGAAUAUAAUUGGUAUUCCACAGUACUUAAAACAUUUAAUCGGUAAGGGUGAGACUGGUGCACCACUUAACUGGUCAGGUUGAGGAACUUAUCAGAAACUGCUACUAUAUUACAAGCAAAAGUCGUAUUUCACAUUUUAACCAGGAUUGAAGAUAUGGUCUCCAGAUGCCUUCAGAACAUUCUUUCGGAAAGUGUUUUAAUAGAAGUUCAGCAAGUCCUUUGCUGUUGCUCCAUAGAUGAGACUCCUGACUAAGGAAGGUUCUAGCUUCUAUGUCAUCGCUUUGUAGAAUGUAGACUUUUUAUAGUUCACUAUUUAAAAACAAAAAAAAAACGUACACAUGACUCGAAAUCCCUGUAUUCUGCCACAUUGAUCUUGGCAGAAAUAUUUAUAAGCCAAGGUUGUCUUUGUGCCAGAUAGCCAGCAGCAUAUCCCAGAGUGCAGUAUUGCUAAAAUAUAUUGGCAUUUGUUAUUUUGAACAUGACAAAUGUGAUAAAAUGUAGUUGUUGCCUUAUUUGACCACAUUCAGAAUAAUUCAAAUAAAGGACAUACAUGUAGACCUUUUAGAACCAGGUCAUGCUCCACUCGUUAGGGGGAAACAUUAGUCAUGUUCAUUUGCCUAGAGCAGCAAUGUUCUAGAGGUGCUGAAUUCUUCUAUAGAGUUACCACUGUUAACUUGCAAGAGCAUAUGAGUGAGAAGUUAAGAGCCUUCCUUGCCGAUGUCUUUCACAUACAGUGUGCCUAAUUUUAGGCUUGGUUUCUAAAAUGAUAGACAAGCAUUCACACAUAUCUAUUUAGAAACAUCCGAUAACUACAAACAUGCAAAUGUGAAUGGCUUUUAAAAUGCAGAGACAUCUUUUGGCCUGUGUUCAGAACUGAUUGGAUUCUCAAGCAUAACAACAAGGAGGAAACUUGCUCUGUUCGUUUGCACCCAGGAAGUUGAAAGAUAUAUUAAAUAGCACAAAAAUUCUUGAGCUGGGGAAAAUUGUUAUAAGGACAGCAAGAUUGAAACACUGAGGGUCUUACAUGUUUAUCCUUGAAAGUGUGAUUUGCUGGGAAUUCAAAGUGAAAUCAAAAUUAUAGGUAAGAAAAGCCAAAUUGAAAACAUAAUGGACUUCGAGAAUAUCUUAAUUUUGGCCAAGAAUUCUACAUUUGAUAGGAUUCUCCGCAAUUCUGACUUUACUGAGAAAUCCUGUAAAAGAUGUAUGAUAUUGCUUUCAUCUGUUAUUUAUGAUAUUCUGUGUGUAUUUUCGAGUCUCAGGACGGUUUAUUUAAUUUAGUAAGGCAAUGUGUAGAUUUUGGCUCUUCUUGUGCAAUACUCUAGGCCAAGGGUAGGCAACCUUUUAGCAGCACUGUGCCGAUAUAGGAUUGUGAUGUCCCGUAGCGUGCGGUCCUAUUUUUUUUAAAUUGAGGUGUGUAUGCUGCCGUAUUCUGCUUGUGUUAUUUUUACUGUAAUUGCUUUGUAUCGUUGUAUAUGGGAGUAUAUGCAGGGCCGUCUUUAAUAUUGACUGGACCCUGGGCAAAGCAUUUGGUUGGGGCCACCUGGACCCUGUCCCCCCUCCACAGGCGUGCAAUCACGUCCUCCACCCCAACGCUGACACACACAGACAUACUAACACACACACACCCACAGACAUGCUGACACUCACAGACAUGCUGACACACAGAUAUACUGACACACACACUGACAGACACAGACAGACAGACACACAGACAUACUGACACACACACAGAUAGAUAUACUGACACACACAGAUAUGACACACACAAGCAUACUAACACACAAAAUUUACACUUUAAAACCCACCCUCCAGUUUCCUACCUUUCCUGCUGGUGGCUGAAGGUGUUGGGAGUUGGGGUCUGGCUCUCUCAGCCAGACCCCCUCCACUCUGCCUACUCUUCUUUCCCGCACGCUCCUCUCUUUGUGCAAGGGGCCCACUCGCGCUGUUAAAGUGCCUCAGCGCGCGACCAGAAGCCCACCGGGUGGCCCUUCGUGCAUGGGCCAGCCGGUGGGUCUCCUUAGUGUGCGGAUUACCGGCCGGGGGGUGAGAAAUAGUCGAGGCCAGCAGGGCUCACGGUGCAGCUGCCUCGUUUGCCCCGCUUUAAAGACGGCCCUGCGUAUAUGAGCUAUUAUAUUGUAUAUGUUCAUGAGUAGUUUAUGGUAUUGUGUAUGAUACAUAUGAAUGUAAGCUGUGUAUGGGGGCUGCUUGUGGAAUUGUGUGUGUGGGUAGAUAUGUCACAUUGUGUGUUUGGUAGUGUGUGGGGGCUGUUUGGGGUAUUGCAUGUGAGAGGCUGCAUGUGGGGUUGUGUGCAUGUAUGUGGAUUGUUAGUGGUGUUGCGUUUGUUCGGAUUGUGUGUACGUUUGUGUGUGGGCUGUCCGUAUUAUUUGUAUGGUGGGAAGGUUUAUUCUGCAUUUCUGUGUAUAUCUAGCAGUGUGGGUGACUUCCCUGGGUUCCAGUGGGGACCAGGCCGACCAGGUACAUGUCAAAGACAGGAUCUGCAACUGCGUGCUGCUCUACUACUGUGUGGAUUCCCAUUCACAAGUGCUGGGAGGAAGUGAUCUGAGAUCACUUCCUCUACGUGCUGCGAUGCAUAAAUUGAGGAUUGUCCUUCACCACCUUUUCACAUUAGUAGAUAUCUAAAGUUUUACUGGGACUCCUGAUAGGCCAGAGACGGUUUGGCUCUAGCAGCCUUGAGAGCCGUGCAAAGGCACCUCGAGUGCCUACCCCUGCUCUAGGCAAUAGCAGAAAUCUAACAGAGCAGGAAAUGAGAAAUUAUAAUAUAAAGUGUAACUGUCACUAUUUGGGGACUCUUCUUAAUAUGCAAAGACCUCCGAUGGUGACAUUGCCGCUGGGGAUCCUAUUGAGGGGCAGGCAAAAGUGAGUUUAACUUACCUGAAUCUGCAGCUUAUGGUCACCGCCAUAAUUUUCUGGUUGGUCCUCUUUGGAGUUGAUGUCACUGCUAUACUCUUGCUCAUGCGCAAGAGUACAGCAUUGAGGUCUCUGGAGAACCAGCUGAAUCCUCCAUAGAUAGAUAUAAUUUCUGGGGGUUGAGGGGAUGACAGUGCUUGCAGAUCAGCUGAGAGGCAAAUGCUUUUGAUCUACAUGUCUCUUAAUACUCAAGAAACCUUUAGGCUUUUGGCAGUGUAAAUAAAAAAACACCUAAGAUUUCACAGUAAGUCAUCGCUGACCUAGAUGCUUAAAUAGCUACAAGGAGUAAAGGAGUAAAUAUAAAUCGGAUUAUACAGCAAAAAUUUAAACCAUAGCUCCUUGCUAAUAAAAAAGUAAAUAAAAUAACCUUGCAUGUUCCAAAUCUCAAUUAAAACACAUUUGGAUAAUUGCCUUUCACAAGCAUUGUUAACUGCUACCAUCAGUGCAACAUUUUCUCAUAUUUAUGAUACUCAUGGUACUCAUGGUACAAGAUAAAGAUGUCAUAGGUGUUGUUAUAAAAUAUAGUCAUCAUAUUGUCAUUGUAUAUUUUUACAUGUGCUUUGAAGGAUGGGUCCAACAUAGAAUUUAAAAUAGUACAUUUUCCUUAGCUGAUUGCUGGUUCUAUAAAUAUUAGUGCCUUUACUAUUUUUUUUUUUUUUUAUGACGCCCUCUGUGUCUCAAUAAUAAACAUUUAUAAAAAGAGACCAUGACAGUAUUUGCUAUGUGCAAAAGACAGCAAUGUCUACAUGUAUUGUUUUCUUUUUAUCAUACAAAAGCAAGCAAACCCCAUUUGAGUAAACUUGAUAAUAUUGUUCUGUAUAAAUGGUGCUUUGAAACAUAGCUACUAAUUCUAAUCUCAGUGUAACACACCUACUAGCAAAUGAAUACAAUAUCACAGUAUAUAUCUAAUUGACCUUUUGUAUACGUCCAGUGAAACACAAAGAGGGUUAUGUACUAAAGGGAGACUUCAGAGUGUAUUCAAAGUGAAUUUCAAUGAAAGAAUAGUUGAAUUGCAAACAUUUCUCAAGUCAGGAAUGCUUCCUGUUUCACUAGGCCUAAAAUUUGAAAUCCACUUUGAAUUCUUACUUUAGUGGCUAUCUCUGUAAUAGAGAGGAUAUUACCAACAUUAAACAGUUUUCUUGAUAAUGCACCGUACACCAAUACCUACUGUACUGCAAUAGUUAUCAUAUUACAAGUAAACACAAACGUUGUUCCAAACUUGAACCUUAGAAUUACUUUUUUUAUAAACUUUAAUCCUUCAUCUUUUUAAUUCAAAUUGUGACAUCCCAGUCUGAAUCACUUUUUAAACAAGAUUACUGUUCAACCUCAAAGAUUUGUAUCACUGCAAACAAAAGCACAAUGUUUGAUUUAGAUAACAGGUUUGUAAUCAGUGAAAUGUUUAGCAUAGCAAAUGUAUAUUAUAUUUAGAUUAUAGGUAUACGUAGUGAGAAUUGCCUGCGAAGUGGUAUACAAAAUUCUUUGUAGUGGGCAGAAUGGCAUAAUAGCGAACAUAGGAAUGGUAAGUGAUGUAUGGAAGGCAGAUUUGAUGUAUAAUUAUUUUUUUCUCUUGGCAGUCGGAUCCUCUGGGUCUCAAUGCAGCUCCAGUUACUCCAGAAGUGGCAACACCGGAAACUCCCAAGGAGAGCAGACCGCAAAAAAGGAAGCUGUCUGAGGAGUUGUCGACAUGCGACACAGUUAAGAAGUUAAAGGUGAGUGGGCUCUCAAUAACAUGUUUGCUGAUAGUUCAAUGUUUGAAACAACUGCUUUUUGUUUUAUGCAGCCCUUAUUUUUAUGCUCAGCGAAUUAAUAUCUACCUACUGUCUUACUAGAUGGAGUCAACUCCUGUGACCACAGCAGCACCAGCACCAGCGCCAACACCAGCGCCAACACCAGCACCAGCAGUACCCAGUUCCACCAUCAUCCCUGGUGUAACUCUGGAGGAAAAGCAGUUAACAGCCCUGCUGAAGCCCACUGAGUGAGUGAUAUUAUAUGUGGACUGUGAACGUGAUGCUGGGGCAGGGAGAGUCUGUUCAUAGGCUAGCAAUACCAAGUGAAAUGUGAUGUGUAGUUAGGACGAGUAAUGUGAGUUUAUUGUUUAGAAUUUUCAUGGCACAAAGUAGUUCUGUCGUGCUGUUCAUUGUUAAGGCAUUACAAAAAUGGAAACUUUAUUUAGAAUAAAUGGUAGCACGGGUUUUGUGAAAGUCUGAACUACGGUUCUCAUGUAAUUGCAAUGUCCAAAACAGUCCAGAAAGACCUAGAAAAUCAGAUCUGGUUUCAAAGAAACAGGUCUGAUACUUUAACCAUCUUAUGUAGCAGCGUUUCCCAACUUGUUAUUUUUUGUUGAUUUUUAUUUUUUUUUGCUAAUGCUAAAAUCAAAUAAUCCCAUAAAGGUUAAUUUCCAAUAUCAGAAACACAAUCUGUCCUAUUCCCUUUCACCAACUAUUGAUUACUAUCUAUAGAAUGCAAUGUUACGUUUUGUGACCGUUUGUUGAGAAAGAGGUGCAUGUGAUUCUGCUGUUUAUUUCUUGUAGUAAGAUUUCAUAAGUGUUAUACUGAGGGAAAAUGGGGAAAUUUGAGCAGUGGAUACUAUAAUGUGUAUGCCUGAUUUCAGUAACAAUUUUGACUCCCUCUCCACCAACAGUGUUUACUGGGACUUGGAUAUUCAGAGCAAUGUAGUGGUAAAACGACAACCUACAUCACAUACUCUACCUCCCCCAUCACAGUCUUUGCCACCACAUCCUGAAGUGGAGCUUCUCCGGUCACAGCUUGUUCUAAAACUACGGCAGCACUACCGAGAGCUGUGCCAGCAGAGGGAGGGUAUGCAUCACUUUUUCUAAAGAUACAGAAUGUAAUUGUGCUUGUGUGCACACACAGCGUCUCAAGUAAGAACCAUUUAAUAGAAAUAUGAAUCAGAAUUGAAUUUUAUUUUAUUUCUAUUAGAAAUUGAGUUGACCUUUGUACAGUACAUCAGAAUUAUCUGUCUGAUAUGAUUCCAUGCAUGAACGCAUGGAACCUGUAUAUCUUAUAGGGCUUCAUGAGUCAGAACCCUAAUCGUAAUCAAUUAAUUUGCUUAAAACACAUUUUUGCACAUGCAAACUUUGGAAUUUUGUUGAUAUGAGAUGCCUAUUUUGUUCAUAGCAGUCAUGUAAGACUGCAAUAUGAGCAGUGUGACAGUCUAAGCUCCAAAAUCACUUCAUCCUAAUGUAGUGAUUUUGGUGCAUAGAUUCUGACCCUGUGGACUUGUAUUUGAAAGCAGUGCUGUUUCUGGGAAACUGCUCUGUUUUUGUUAUGCAGUCUCUAUGCCUCUAGUGGUUGUCAAAUAGACUGCCACUACAAGCUUCCGACUAAAAUAGAUUCCGUAAGUUUAUCUAUUUUACGUCUGGUGACCGUAUGUAAAGUAUGAUGCCAGUCGGUGGAUGUGCAAUAAUUCUUAUAGAGAAGCAUUGUAUUGACGGAUUGCGGACAUAGCUGCGCAUGCACUCUAUGUCUGCAGCAGUGAGUAGACUGUCUCGGCACUGGCGUAAAGGGAAGUUAAAUAAUUGUAAUUUUUUUUUUUAAAUAUAAAAAGGAAGACCCAUUAUUCUUAAUGCAUUGACAGAGCAGACAAUAUAAAGUUCAUUUGGUUUAAUAUAAUAUUCCUUAAAGAUUUCUACCACUCGUAGUGGUCAUGGGGAGAGCUUUGACAAAACUUGUGUAAAAUACCCUUUCUUUUUAAAGUGAAUCAUAGUUCAGAAUUAUCCUGCUGAUGAAUACUGUAAAAUGAUAAACAUAUGUAUACGUUUUUCACAUGACUGGUGCUAGUCUUUCUUUACUGCACCUCAUAUAGCAGCAUUUACAACAUGGCAACAAUAUAAAAUAACCAGUCCAAAUAUGGCACAUGAAAUGUGUCAUUAAGAAGAGCUUCCUUUUCCUGUGAUUGUCUACAAAUUAUAGCUUAUUUCUCAAAAUUUAGGUGAAAUAACUGAAUUUUUCAGACUUAUCUUUGAGCAGUUAUUAGACACUUCAUUCUUAGAAAAAAUAUUUUCCCUCUUUCUGGUUCCAUACAGGUAUUGAGCCACCUCGGGAGUCUUUUAAUCGUUGGCUACUAGAGAGGAAGGUUAUGGAUCGUGGCCCAGACCCAAUUCUGCCUAGUGAAUGUGAUCCUGCGGUGUCUCCAUCCAUGUUCCGAGAAAUAAUGAAUGACAUCCCUAUGAGGUGAUGAUGAUGUGAUUAAUGUGUAAUCUGCUUACAUGAGUCUUAAAUUGGGACUUAUUAAAGUCUAUUUAUUUUACAAUUCUUUUAUAGUGCUCUUAUCUCAAGUGGUUUACGUAGAUAAAUUGACAAUUACCUUUUGAUACAAUUAUUGAUUGUGCCUCAAUAUAAUAAGCUUUCCAGAUGAUUCAAUACUGUAAGAAAAACUGGUCAAAUGAUCUACAGAACAACAUUAAAAUCCAAGUGCAUUUUUGUAGAUAAAUGAUUUGGAAAGUUUGUUGUCAAAAUUGAUUCAUUUGAAAGCUCAUUAAUUCAAGGCCUAUGUUUCUAAUACCAUACUGGAAGGAGAAGUAUUGUUUAUAUUGAAUAUUUAUUUUUUUGCUUUGUGGAUCAUUAUUUCUAAAGAGAGAAUGUAUGCCGUGGCUUUUUGGAAAAUCCAACACAUCAUUUUCUUUUUUCAGAUUAUCUCGUAUUAAGCAUCGUGAAGAAGCAAAACGUCUGCUCUUUAAGUAUGCAGAGGCUGCCAAGCGAUUGAUUGAGUCCAGGUGAUACUUUCACUCUAUAUUCAUUAUCUUUCUUUUCCAUUUGUGCUUUUUUCACAAUGCCUCUAAACAUACAAAAUCAUAUUUCCACUUAUUGCCUGUCUGUUACCUCACAUCUUCACCUUUAAAUUCUGAUCCUCUACCUAUCCAGUAUUAAAGGAACACUUCAAUCACUAUAACCAAUUCAAUGUGCUGUAGUGCCUAUGGUGACAGUAGUUCCCUUGUCCACCCUUCCUCCAAUGUAAAUAACCAAACCAACAACUCAUCUAGGGUCCACUGAGCUCCCGUUACGUCCCCCAAGAGAGCCAACCCCUGAGAGUGAUCUCAGCCAGUUAGCUUGCCAUGCAAAGCAUAGUUUAUCUAAAGAGCUUAUGGCUCUAAAUGCAGGAAGGGAGCAGUGCCUGCAGACCCUAGGUAAGUUGUCAAACCUUUAGCAAACGGUUUGACUACUUACAGUAAGCUGUAGUAGUUAUGCUGCUUGGAGUGUAGCGUUAACUUUAUUUGUUGACAUAUGCUCUGACCUCACCAUGUAUUUAUUUCAUUCUAGGAGUGCUUCUUCAGACAGUAGAAAGUUGGUGAAAUGGAAUGUGGAGGACACAUUUAGCUGGUUGAGGAGAGAUCAUCUUGCAACCAAGGAAGACUACAUGGUUUGUGGAACCUCUCUCAUCAUGUUUGCUCUAAACUGAUAAUUCUUCAGUUUUCUAAAAUGCCAUUUUGCUUGAAUUUCCACAGUCACCUAACAUCUGUGUUACCCAGAUGACAUUUCCCUUGUCUAUAUACAAAAUCAUUAAAACUAGUGCAAACUUACUCUACCUGUAAGUGUGACUUCAAAAUUACAUCACUUAAUGAAAUGACCACUUCCACUUUUGUGUAUUUAUAUAUUCUAGGACCGACUGGAGCACCUGCGUAGGCAGUGUGGUCCCCAUAUGGCAGCUGUGGCAAGGGACUCCGUGGAAGGUAUAUGUAGCAAGAUUUACCACAUUUCUAGGGAAUACGUGAAGCGAAUCCGCGAAAAGCACUUGGAACUUCUUAGUGAGGCCAACAUACCAGGUAAUACACACAUAUAUAUAUAUAUAUAUAUAUAUAUAUAUAUAUAUAUAUAUAUAUAUAUAUAUUUUUUUUUUUCCUCUCUCGUUAGUUCAUGCUCCCGCAAUCCAAGGUAUCUCUUUGACACCUUUAACUCAAUUCUUUGCCAUCCAUGCAAGCGCGCUGUCUUGGCGUUGUAUUUGAUUCUGGCCUCACCUUUGAGCCUCACAUCCAGUAUGUUGCUAAAUCCUGUAAACUCCAUCUUAAAAACAUAGCCUGCAUCCACCCCUUCCUUACGCAAGAUGCUACCAAGAAGCUUGUCCAUGCUCUAGUAAUUUCACGCAUGGAUUAUUGUAACCCUCUCCUAAUUAGUCUUUCCAAAAGCUGUAUUGCCCCGCUAAAGUCUGUAAUGAAUGCUGCCGCCAGACUGAUUUUCCUCUCUAGCCGGUCCUCUCACACCUCAUCCCUCUGUCAGUCCUUAUAUUGGCUUCCUGUAUCCUAUAGGAGUCAAUUCAAAGUGCUAACCAAUACCUAUAAAGCACUGGACAAUUCUAGCUACUCUUAUAUCUCUUCACAGAUCCAUAGGUAUGACCCUUUUUGGUCUUUCCGCUCAGCGCUACGGAAUCUGUUGGCGCUAUAUAAAUGGCAAUUAUAAUAAUAUGUACACACGUGGUAAUAGUGUGUUUAAGGUACUGUAAUUGUGAACAAGUGCACACAAGUGUAAUGUAAAUAGGCAUCUACUAGGCUGUCUGUUGGUUGAAAGGAGACCCAUGCCUCUGCAAAACACAGCCUGAUUAACUAAACUGUGAACCAGACUGUGUGUAUAGUGGUUUGUUGCACAUUAUUAUACGAGGAAAACAAAAAGAAUUAACCUAGGGCCAAAAUUUAGAUAUCACAAGGUAGAGGGCACAAAAAAAAGGGGGGUAACCCCUAAAUGGUGAAUAUCAUAGAGAAUAAACAAAACAAGAAAAAAAUGCCAUUCUACCUGUGUAUGAUUUACUGAGAAGAUUGUAGGUUAAAAAGUAACUUUUAAUAAAUAAAUCUAAAAUAAAAAUAUAUAAAAGAAAAAAAAUAACAAUAUGAACAGCAGGAGUAAAUGGAGACUAUACAGCGAGUAAAACUCUGACUACUUAUACAAGCUGUAAAAGUGUACACAUAAUAACACUAAUGCUGAAGCAAUACUGUUUAGCUACAAUAUAACAGUGUAUUCCCAAGUAAUAGAAGUGAUACUAUAUUAUAUAUCACUAAUAGCUGUAACAAGAGGAGGGGAGAUAAGACAACUGCUAAACCAGUGCUGUCAAUAGUUAAAAGAUAUGGAUAAGUAAAUCCCUACAUGAUAGUACAACUAACAACAUGGGUUAACUCCACAUACAAUAAUUGAUAAUGUUCUAUGGUGCUUAACCUCGGAAAGAUCAAAGAUAAUGGUUCAGCUAAGACAGAUUUCUGACAGACGGCGAUUAGCCAGUUAAAUAUCACAAAAGCUGCCUAGAUCACAGCAGAACUUUGAUAAUAAAUUAAAGGUUGCUGUCAAGCAGUAAAGUAUAAAAUUAAGGGGUUGCUGACCUGGCUCCGUUUUUUUCUGCAAGAUACCUAGCAGUAUAUUCUAGUGUAACAACAGCUGCCUGCACUGAAUGAUGUUAACUUAUGCUUGACCACAGUGGAGCACCAAGUAGUAGCUCACCUGUGAAGGACUGCUGACAGGCCCAGUUAACCGGUUAAAAAUCACACAAGUUGCCUAAAUGCUAGCUGCAUCUAAAUAAUAGGUCAAAGUAUAAAGAAAAAGUUACAAACAGUUUUUAAACAGGUUGCCUAGGUAGUAGAAAAUAUACCGGUUGAAAGUCACGCAAGUUGCCUAAGUGCUAGCUGCAUCUAAAUAAUAGGUCAAAGUAUAAAAAGAGGGUUUACAAACAGUUUUUUUAAAACAGGUUGCCUAGGUAGUAGAAAAUAUAUAAAGUGACAGAGGAAGGCAUAUAGAAUAAAGGCAUAUAGAAUAAAGAUUCCUGAGUCUUGUGCCUUCGAGGGCACCCCUUAGUAAAAUGCCUGGUCUUAUCAAUCUCCCCCCAUAAACAUAAUAAAGGAAAAAGAAAGAAAAAUAAAGUAUGUACAGAGUACACAAAAUUAGUGUUUAAGAGUCUCCAAUAUGCACUCCUGAGAUGCUGGACAUGAAUGAACUUGAUGUCGGUAAUUUAGCAAAAGAUAAGCAGAGAGUUAGGUGCCGACACCAAUAAUGUGUCAGUAAGUGUCCAGAGCCCCUGACGUGCACGUUUCGCCAGUGAAGCUCAUCAGAGGGGCCCCUCAGAGGAGAUGCUGAAUGUUUGGAUGCAUUUUAGGCAGCCAUGACCCAGGAAGGAUCUCUAACCGCCAUCUGAGGAGUGGCCAGUAAAGUUAUCACUAGGCUGUAAUGUAAACACUGCAUUUUCUCUGAAAAGCUGUAGUUGUUCUGGUGACUAUAGUGUCCCUUUAACUAUUAUGUUUACUAUCUAUUAGGAUUUAGAGCCAUCUUGUGGCCAUUCAAAGAAAUACCUCUCAGAUCGAUGGUAUCCUAAUAUCUAUAAAUCACAUUUUACUUUCAGAUGAAGCCCCCAAUCUUCUACGGAUUGUGGGGGCAGUGGACUAAUUUUAUCUGAACCACCAUUGUGUGCCAGGCAAUAAACACGGUCUGUUUCACAACAGUGUAGGUGUUUUUAUUGCCAUUUGAAAAAAAAAAAUGGGUUGAGUUAAACCUUAACUUUAGACAUCUCUUGUGAAGGUAGUCUGUGAUGCCAUGGCAACGAUGCUCAUUUUUAAACCGCUUUAAAGCUAUUUUUAAAGAGAAAUAUUAUCCUUCUUGAUGAUGAGAAAUAUUAUCCUUCUUGAUGAUGUCAAUGUGUGAUUGUUGCUAUUAUGCUACAUUGAAGUGGUCUGGGAGCAGUGUCCCUGUUCCCUUAACCCUGCAAUGUAAAACAUUGCAGUUUUAGAGAAACUACAAUGUGUUAAGACUGCCACUAGAGACUGUCUACCAGACAGCCACUAGAGGCACUUUCUGCAGUUUCGUGGAUUUUGCCUCCAUGAAAUGAUGCUGGACAUCCUCAUGCUUUGCAACAGUUUGUAUGGACUUUUCUUCGACACGUUUGAUUUUCAUUUAUUUUUUAUUAACAAUAUUUCUUAAUAUAGCAUUUUUAUGACAUUCUCUAAAAUCUUUACCCAAUCAGUAUCACACAAGAUUGUGCAAAAUGCUGAACGUGCUGACGGCCACACUGUUUGCAUUAAAGUGAUAGAAAAGCAUUUUAUGUUGACAUCCCAUGUGUAGUAGUGACCUUGUUAUUUGGAAUUUCUAAAGGUAUUGAGAGACUGUAUUUGUAAUGGGUGAUAUGUAACAAGAAGUCAUUCCUGUGUUGUGUAAUUGUUAAGUUGAUUGCAAUCUUGUAUUCUGUAUUAUUGUAACACAUGUUGUCCUGUUGCAGAAUCAGGCCCUGCUGAAGAGCCUUCGGAAAAGAGGGUGUUCUGUCACCCUGUCCGGUUGUCAGUGCCGGCAUUGCAACCCCAGGGAGGAGUGGAUUUGCGGGUGGAAGGCAGCACAGUGUGUGUGCGAUUCCGAGAAGAAUCUGUUAGAAUGAACCAGGGCUACUUUAGCAAGCUGGUAAGAACAAAAACCCUGACUUUUAAAAACCAUAUCUGCAACUCUAAACUGUAAAAUAUUAUCACAUGUGUAUACCCAUGCCAAAAUAUUUCCAAUCUUGGGCAAUUUACAGUACAGUCAAGUGCAAUUAAGACUACUUUGUUAGGCUUUUACGGUUUUGAUCAUGCACUGUUUAUGAAAAAUGGACAUUGCUCUGUAAUAUCUCUGUGUAGUUUCAGCUCUAUCGCCUCAGCUGUACAGAUGAUCCUGCAUCAGACAAAUUCAUUUGCAGAAUGUGGUGUCUCCUGCGUAGAUAUCAGGUACAAACUCUGAGCUGAGAUGUAAAUAAAGGGUUACAUUGGUGGUGUUUGGUUACCUGUUGUGGAUGUCACUCACCUAUUUGGUCUGUACUCACAGGUUAUGUUUGGCACAGCACAGUAUGAGGGUUCUGGUCUGCAAGGAGCACUCCCUGUCCACGUUUUCCAGGCUCUGCACAAACAUUUUGGGGUGACUUCUGAAUGCUUUGCAUCCCCUCUCAACUGUUAUUUCAAGCAGUACUGCUCCGCCUUCCCAGACACAGAUGGAUAUUUUGGAUCCAGAGGGUGAGCUUUGAAUAUGAAAUAAGUGUGAAUCUAUGUCCUUACAUCUUUAUUUUAUUUAUAGUGUUUGUGUGAGAAUGUAUUCUAUACUUAAUACUGCCUUUAUUUGUAUAGCUCUGCUCUUUUAUAUAACAUAAUCCCAUUUCUUCCCAGCAAUCUGUGUAAACAUGCUUACUAAUCUUAUGCAGCCCAAAACACUCAUCUUCAGUUUUGAUCCAGGGCUAGUUUUCAGACUAAACAAAAAACAUUUUCUACUAGAGCUUUAUUUUGUCUGUCUAUCUGAAAGGGGAUUAUAAAACUUCAUCUGGUGUUUUAGAAGGCAGGAGUGAGGUCGGAGUACACUACAGGGCUUCAUUGCAUUCUGCAAUAGUAGUCUGUAACGCCAUGUUUGAGAUCUCCCCAGAGUUGCACAAUGAUAUUAAGGUCAGGAGACUGUGAUGGCCACUCCAAAACCUUCACCUUUUUCUUCUGUAACCACUGGAGAGUCAACUUGGCCUUGUGCUUAGGGUCAUGCUCAUGCUGGAAAGUACAAGAGCAUUCCAUGCGCAGCAAUCGUGCAGAAGAAUGAAGUAUUUUCUGAUCAGAUGCUGCAUUCAUCUUGCCAUCAAUUUUCACAAGAUUCCCCGUGCCUUUAGAGCUAACACACACCCAAAACAUCAGUUAGCCACCACUAUGUUUCAAAGUGGGGAUGAUAUUCUUUUCAUUAUAGGCCUUGUUGACGCCUCUCCAAACAUAGCACUUAUGGGUAUGGUUUUGGUCUCGUAAUUCCAAAUUACAGUGUGCCAGAAGCUGUGAGGUGUGUGAAGGUGGUGUCGGGCAUUGAAACUGGGCUUUUUUGUGGCAUUGGCGCAGUAAAGGCUUCUUUCUGGCAACUUGACCAUGCAGCUCAUUUUUGUUCAAGUAUCGUCGUAUUGUGCUCCUUAAAACAACCACACCGUCUUUUUCCAGCAGCCUGUAUUUCUCCUGAGGUUACCUGAGGGUUUUUUCUUUGCAUCCAGAAGAAUUCUUCUGGCAAUUGUGGCUGAAAUCUUUCUUGGUCUACCUGACCUUGGCUUGGAUAUCAAGAGAUCCCUGAAUUUUCCACUUCUUAAUAAGUGAUUGAACAGUACUGGCAUUUUCAUGGCUUUGGAUAUGUUUUUAAUCCUUUUACAUCUUUAUAAAUUUCCAUUGCCUUGGGCGGCGGGGCUUUACAGCAGAACGGAGCAGUCACCAUUUCCCACAGCUCCCGCAACAAACAGCCGAAAUCCACCAGAUAUCACAGGCAUCAGUGUAUCUACGGCAGCAAUGACCCAAGAACUCACCCUGGAGUGCAUGCGGACUGGGUACAUGCCGUUCUUUCAGAAUUCCGGGCCCAAACGACGACAGAAACGGUUUGUAGCCUAGCAUUCCCCAACAGGCCUGGGACUUGAAGAGUGGUGGAGCGCACCCCGGACACCAGGGGAGUCAAGGCUGGGGACAUAACGCCAGACCCGCCACCAGACAUGGGAAAGCGAUAUCGAGUCCCUGCUUCAGAGACAGGCCUCACCCAAUAUGGCGGCUCCGGAGGCCCACCCAGCCGUAACUGCACCCCAGGCCCACACAAGAGGUAGCCUUAACUCAGCCCCAACAGCCCAAAACCACCCAGACUUCAUACUCCUGGCAACUAAACAGAAUCCUAGACCCUUCUAGCAUAUUUUCUCCAGAAAUUAGCAGGCUCUGUGCCACGGAGGAAGAUGUCCUUGAAAUGAAACAGGCUGUGUCUACUCUGACAGACUCCAUCCAGUAAAACGCAGAAAGCCCAACAAGCAUUCACCACACAAAUAACCAUACUGGAUGAUCGCUCCAGGCGCAAUAAUCUGAAAAUCAGAAAGGUGCCAGAAGCUGUCACAUUGGAAGAAUUGCCACACUACCUGAGGCAUCUGGCGGCUCCCGCUUCGGCCAUAAGUGACCUCUUAAUCCACUGCACCCUGGCACAAGAUAAACAAGCACUGCUAGCUGUGCUGAGAGACAAGACACCUUUCUUAUUCGAAGGCACCAGCCUUUCAUUCUACCAGGACCUCUACAGAGCAACUCUACAGUGGAGACGCAUACUACUCCCAGUAACAUGCCAGCUCAGGAAAGCUGGUGUGACCUACCACUGGACAUCACGUAAAUCCCUCAGUGUGAUGCAUAACGGGACAGUUCAUAACCUCUCUUCAGUUGAUGAAGCUCCAGCCCUGUUCAGGACAAUUGGCCUACCUAUACCGAACGGUAGUCACGGCGGCCAUAACAGUGCUCUGACCUGGGAUCCAGCCAACAUAGUUCCUUUCAUGCCCUGACACGGACCAGCAACGCUCAUGGGGACUUGACCAAGAAAAAGGGUACUGCAGCCACAGGCUGCGACCCCCACGUAUAGUUUUUUUCUUAUGUUUCCACAGUUUUUAAUAUUGUUUUGUAUAAGUUCCAAUGCCUGCCCACCUAAUUGGAUCCCUUUAUGAUAAGAAACACAGUCCAGGAACUUCCAACCGAAGGGUAAUGGAGCUUCUCCACGUGCCUGCCUCCAUACUCUUCCUCCCCCGCAAUCCCCUUGGUUAGGGGUAACACAAGCAACAGCCUGCCAGCCCUUCACAUAAGAUGCGCACACCAGUACCAUAAGGCCUGGCGCAUGCCCCUGUAGAUGCCCAUAUAGGCAUACAGCACAACAUCGAGAGCAACAUCACACCACACCACAGGCAGUAACCAGUAGGGAUGUGCACGGGGAAAAUAUUCGGUUCGUUCGGCAUUCCGGGACUUCUCUUGCAGCCGCUUAGUAGAUAACUCCCUAAUUCCCACGGUAUUAGGGAGCUAUCUACCAAAAGGCUGAAAGACCUAAAUUGGUCUUUCGGCCAAAUUUACUAAUACUAAGUAAUCUUUAGCCUUUUAGUAGAUAGCUCCCUAAUACCGUGGGAAUUAGGGAGUUAUCUACUUAUUCAUUCCUGUCAUUACAUUGACUGGCCAAGUAACCUACAUUUUAUAUGAAUGUGUGUUACUUGAUUGUUGUAAGUGUUGCAAAUGCUUGCAGCUGAAUCCUGGCUGUGUUUGUAUAAUUUUUAUUUAAACUUGUAUACAAUGUAACAUUCUUCCACUGGGUAGGUAUAUUAGUACUUCAGCAAUUCAGCUUCAGCAACAUAAUUGCCCGAAAAUUCGUUCAAAUUGACAUUCGGAACGAAACGAAUUGCACAUGUCUAGUAACCAGCUCUAUGUUUAAAACAUAUUAGGCCCUCCACUAUUAGCCAGGGCUUACACAACCCCAGUAACACCUGAAUGCUUAAGCAUGACCUAAUGACCCACUACAGCACAGGCUAUAGUGAAUAACGCCUAGCCAAACCCACAAUAAAAAGGCAAGCAGCUGUAAUCGAAGUUGGCCUCUAGGGCCCAGCUCACUUAACACAUUAGUUUUAAAUAUGUUAUGUGCCUUAACUUACAAAACCCCUAUAAAAAAAAAGGCCUCCACAAUCUGGAGAGGGAGGUAACUGGAUUACGUCUUGCCUACUCUUUACCCCUAAUUUUACUAUGGACAUUUGUAUUGUCAUUCAGACUUCCUCCUUUUUCUUUUCCUUUCUGUACAAUGCCGUAAGGCCUCAAAAAAAGAAAGAUUGACAAAUGUAAAAAAUGUUUAUAAUUACCUUUUUACGCAGGUGUUUUGACAGUUCUUUUCUGCUCCCCGUGGCUCAAUAUCCAGCCUGCUCAGUGCAUCCAUGUGAGAGCUAACAAACUCAUUGACUAUUUAUACACAGGCACAUAUUGCAAUUUAAAAAGUCACAGAUGAGGGAAAUUAACCUUUAAUUGCCAUUUCAACCUGUGUGUGUCACUUUGUGUAUCUGUAACAAGGCCCAGCAUUAUUUAUUUAUAAAUUAUUUUACCAGGAAGGAUACAGUGAGAUUUAUCUCUUUUCAAGUAUGUCAGUGGUAUGUAAACUUUUUUGAUCAGGGCCAUUUGGAUGAUUUCUGUUAUCAUUAUAAAUUUAAAAGGAGCCAAACAACUAUGUGAUUAUUAAUGGCUUCACAUGAUCACUAUCCUUCAAUAAAAAGACAUUUAUUUUUUUGCAUGAUCAGUUAUAUUUUGAAAAUCAAUUUCACAAUUUCUGCCAGGGUAUGCAAACUUUUGUGUGUGUGUGUGUGUGUGUGUGUGUGUGUGUGUGUGUGUGUGUGUAUAUAUAUAUAUAUAUAUAUAUAUAUAUAUAUAUAUAUAUAUUACAGAAAAACAUUUGUACAAACAUAUAUAAAUAAUACUGGGAGGGAAAAUUAAAAUUUAAAAACGACAUUAAAGGAAUAAAAAUAAACAGUAGCAAAAAGAGGUGGAAAAUAAUGUAGCGGUGCUGCAACCAGAUUUCUUCACUCACCCUCCUUGCCUUUAAUUCCAGCGGAGAGACAGAACAUGGAAUAAGUUUUCUGGGGUCCUCUGUGCCUCCAUCCAUGGGGACACCAUCAUGUAAAAUGUGUUAGCAGAAAUGCAUUCCAUGGCAACUAUGUGACAUAUUUUCUCCAUGGUAUCCAAAAUAUAGCUGAUUAUUAUUAUUACCAAGCAAUGCCUAUGUUGCAUCUUUGUGGAAAGCCUUAUUGUUUUUUUGUUAUCUCUAAACAUCAGUCUGUACACAUUGUUUUUUCUGUGUGCUAGCUAUUUAUCCUUACUUUCAAAAAAUUGCUAUUUGUUUAAUUAAAGGAAUAAAGGUAGAAAACAGAUUAUAUAGAAAAUCAAGAUCCACAGCCCUUUGUAUGUUACUUGCAAGAUCCACAGCCCUUUGUAUGUUACUUGCAAGUUAGAAUUUUAAUUCUGAGUAUUGCAGAAUACAGUCCAUUAAAUGUUUAACAAUCAACUAACUCUGUUAAUUCUUCCUUCUGUUUCCCAUAAACAGAUAACAUAUCUCUCUCUCUCUCUCUCUCUCUCUCUCUCAUAUAUAUAUGUCACUGAUGUAUUCUUUUACAACUUUAUUUCCUAUUAAUGUUAUGUCAUUUUGAGAUCCAACAAUUCAUGUAACAUUGUUACUGUUUUACAUUCUGUAGGCCUUUUCUGAGUUUCUUCCCGGUCAGUGGUUCCUUUGAAGCAAACCCGCCAUUUAGUGAGGAACUGAUGGAUGCCAUGGUCACACAUUUCGAGGUGCGUUGGUUUGCAUCCUUACUACUGAGUGUUUUUUACUUUUGUCAGUCGUCUAACAAAAUCUUUGCUUGCUUUCCUGUAGUACCUCCUGGAGAGUUCUGAUCAGCCUUUGUCCUUCAUCAUCUUCAUCCCAGAAUGGAGAGACCCUCCUACCCCAGCACUCACACGCAUGGAGAGCAGUCGCUUCAAGCGCCAUCAGAUGCUCCUCCCUGCAUUUCAGCAUGAGUAUCGCAGUGGAUCUCAGCAUGUGUGCAAGAGGCACGUAACAACUUAUGUAACAUAGGGAAAGUAAAUUGUAGCGUUUCAGACUUGGGAUCUGUUACUGAAGAAUAACGGGAGAAAACAAAUGAAGAAACAAAAAGUGGUUAGACAAAGUUUAUUCAAACUAAGAAUUGUGUAAAGCUGACAAUAGAACUAGAGAAUUUACACCAAAACAGCUAGUUUGAAGAAUUUUCCUCUAUAUUACAAUUUGCUUAUGAAGCCAAAAGUUACUUUAUUGAUAAAUAAACUACAUAGAAAGGGUAAUAAAAAUAUCUAUAGGACUAUGCAUAACAAUCCCAAAUUGUUUAAUUUAUUGUGCAUUAUACUCCGUAAUGCAAUGUUGUAGUGUUCAUUGAUUCAUGUUUAUUAGAAAGUUACAUUUGUAGGCAAGAGACGUCCGGUUUAUCUAGUUCUCUACAUUUGAAUGAUUAUUGAUGGAUGCAGUUGUCCCUAUGUUUUGCUUGGCUAAGUGCUUUUAGCAGUCUUAGAAAAGUUAGUUAGUUAAAAGGGCACUCUAAGCACCAUAAUCACAACAACAAAAAAGCAUUCACUGUGUGGUAUAUACACCCACCCCAGUGAAACCCCAGUGAGUAUUAGAAAUUUAGUCAUUUACCCUAUAAUUUUGGUAAGUUUUAAUGUCCUAUAAUGACAAAAAUACUAACAUAGUAUAUCCAGUACUGUACAGAGAGUAUUGCUCAAUAUUGGUACACUAACAUUUAACUGAGCCCCACAGGAUAGGCACAGAUCACUUAGACAGAUAUGUACUAUGGUGACUCUUCCUCUGUAUCUGGAUAUAUAUGGAAUACAGAAAGUGGGGAAAAACCUAGUGCAAUAUGUCAAUAUUCAAAAGUGCAUAUAAAUGAGGUUGCAGAACUGCUCACCUUUUCAAGAGCCUAUUGUAUGUGGCUCUUAGUUUGUAGACUCUUUUGUCUAUAAAGGGGACACAGAGGAUCCAAGGUAGUAGAAUAGAGUCCCCAGGAAUAAUUAAAAAUACUAUUUAUUACCACUUGUAUAAAAACAAAUAUAAGUAAAACAUAAAAUCUUCACAAUGAAGCUCCCAAGACGCAUUUCGCCGAUAUAAUGGCUUUCUCAAUCGGUAUAAUUACCACCAAGCCCUGUCUUUACUUUAAAUGUCCUUCAGUGUUCUCAUUGGCCGAAUCCAGAGAUCAUUAUCCAAUCGUCAGUUUUGUUGAUGAUAUAAUUUUCUUCCAUAAGUUAUUUCCGACCGGAUUCACUUGUCCCGGAAGUGACGCGACGACAACCUAGCGCUCCACUGCUGACUAAUACAAUAUACCUUUUCACUGUUUAAACGCCUGUAACACAAGCCUAUCGUUUUUUUUGCACUAUAAUCACUACAACCCUUUGUAGUGAUAAUGGCUCCAGGAAACCCUUUGGUGCUGUCACACUUUAAUGAGUCAAACCAUUUUUUUAAAGAAUUUAUCUGGGUUCCUCAUACUCCCACAGUCCCCCCCAUUCUUCUGUGAUAUCGCUAAAGUGGAAGUUCUCAUUUAACUUUAGCAAUUUGGAUAUAAUUUAUUGUUUGAGUGUGUCUGCUGACACUCCUCAGCCAAUGAAACAUGUCCAUAGUAUAACAACAUUUUAAUUUCCUUAGCCUACUGAGAGCUUUACUUUAGAAAAAUCACAGAAGAACAGCAGGCACCUAAGAGACCAAGGCAAGUGUCAAAUAGUGUUAAAAAAAAUGUUUUGACUCCUUAAUCUGGGAUGUCUCCAGGGGACUUCUGGCACUAUAACCACUGCAGUGCAAUAUAAUGGUUAUGGUGCUUAAAGUGCUCAUUUAAUUAUGUUUUUACACAAAUAACAUUGAACUCAGCCCAUUGAGAUGUAAGUUCUAUAAUUUUAAAUGAAAUAUCUCUAAAACAUUUUUCCCAAUUGAAAUUAAAAAGCACACGAUAUACAUGUAAUUAUGCCAACACAUGUAAAAGGAAUGGAGCUGUGUAUGUGACCAGUCCCCUUCAAAAUUAUUUUUUUCGGUCUACCUCUAAAUUUGACCCACUCUCUUUUAUCUCUUUCUCCCCUUACCCAUUCAUCUGCUGUCUUGAAUGAUUUUCCACUCACCUUUCUCAUGCACCUUCUACUUAUUCAGUAAUGCUCUAAAACCUCACCCAUUCUGGCUUGUCUUUAACUCCAACUGUUUACUGUCUCCACAGAGAGGAGCUGUAUUACAAAGCUGUGCACAACACUGCAGUCCUGUUUCUUCAGAAUGAGCCGGGCUUUCUGAAAUGGGCACCUACUGCAGACCGAGUCCAGGAGCUGGCUGCAGCAUACAAACACUCUGGGCGUUUAUCCAAUUCAUCCGGGGGCAGCGAGAAGGAGUCCACACGAGAGGAGGGCACCAGCAAGGACAGUGCGUCAAAAGAUACAGACUGAGAGAAGGCAUUGCCUCUUUAAUGGGCUUCUUAAUGGGAGUGACAUGACUCACCCCAGUCUUUUAGGGCAGAAUGUGGGCCUCCCUCAUAUUGUAGAGCAUAGUUCAAAUCUUCACCUGUCAUAUAGUGUGCAGCAUGAAGUUUUUUCUUGUAGUCCUGAAGGGCGGACAAUUUUCUUCACUUAAAUUAGCAGAGGAGACAAAAAUGCAUAGGUGUGGGAAUACAACAUGCCUGUGUUUUUCACUUCACUAAAGGACACGCGACUGCAGGUUGUUAUGGUUUGACAGUACUGCUGCAUACGGGUGAGAGAGCUCCAUCUGCUCCAUUGAGAUUUUUUGGGGAGGCAGUAAAUGUAUGUUUUAAGUUGUGUGUGAGGGUGCAUUGCUACCAGUGUAUGAAGUUGUGGGUGUUGAAACAUUUCCUCUCUGUUAAGGUGAGAUUGGUCAUGUAGCUUUCCAAUGUAUAUAAUUCUUUGUGUAUCUAUUCUAUGAAGUAUAUUUGAUGUUGUUUUCCUUUUGGGGGAGACAUAGGAAUUUGCAUGGUUUUCUUCUCCUUCCCUUGUGUGUGUGUCUCCGGUAUUGUGAUUGGUGCACGUUGUCUGUGCUAAUUAUUCCCUGUAAUUAAUUUAAUGUCUAACCAUUUUAUUACUUUUAUCAAAACAGUAAAAAGUCUAUUUUUGAUCUCAGUUUCGAGUUUUUGAAGGGAAGGGGAAAAAAUAUUUUAUAUUUACAGGGUUAUUCACUGAAUAGAAUUUUCACAAAUUAAAUCCGAAUGGCAAAUCUGAGGCAAAAUAGUCAAAUUGUGACUGUUGAGCUGGAAAAAUUUUUUUUUCAGAUCAACUAUUUUUGCCUCUGUUUUUCCAUUUGGAUUCAAUUUGUGAAAAUUCUGAAUUUAGUAAAUAGACCUGCUAAAAUGAGAUUCCUCUCUCUAAAUUUGGCUUUGAUUUAAUAUAUUUUGGAUAAGCA